CUCAGCAGGAGCUCCAAUUCCACAACCCAACCUCAACCAUGGGGACGCAGCGCCUCUCUCCAAUUGCCCUCCUCCUACCUCUUCUGUUCGCCUCCGCAAACGCGGCAUCGGAUCCGCCUCGGCCGCGGGGCGUAGGCCCAGAGUUUGCGAAAUUCUACAAAGACGCGGCGUCAUUCACCUGCAUCUCGAACCCCUCCAUCAAGCUGGACAUCGCCCGCCUCAACGACGACUACUGCGACUGCCCCGACGGCUCCGACGAGCCAGGCACCUCGGCCUGCUCCUACAUCUCGCCGCUCUCGCCGCCACAGCCCUCGCGGGUGAAGAUCGGCCAGUUCAACGAGACACUAGCCCUGCCCGGCUUCUACUGCAAGAACAAGGGCCACAUACCGAGCUACGUGCCGUUUACGAACGUGAACGAUGGCGUGUGCGAUUACGAGCUGUGCUGUGACGGCAGCGAGGAAUGGGAGGGCGUGGGCGGCGUGAAGUGCGAGGACCGCUGUGCGAAGAUCGGCAAGGAGUGGAAGAAGCAGGAUGAAGCGCGGCAGAAGAGUCUUAGUGCUGCGAACAGGCGGCGGAAAGAGCUGGUCACUGAGGCGGAGAGAUUGAGGAAGGAGGUCGAGGAUCGGAUCUCGACGUUGCAGACACAGAUGCAGGGGCAGGAGAUGAAGGUCGCAGCAUUGGAGAAGAACUUGGCCGAGAUUGAAAGGGCGGAGAAGGGCAAGGUGGUUAGGGCUGCGGGGAAGGGCGGGAAGUUGGGCGUGUUGAGUGGGCUGGCAAAGGAGCGGAUUCAGGAGUUGACGGAAAAUAUGAGUAGGGUCAGGGGCGAGAGGGAUACGGCGAGAUCACGGAUUGAAGAGCUGGAAGGCAUACUCAGGCGCUUCAAGGAGGAGUAUAAUCCCAACUUCAACGACGAGGGUGUCAAGCGGGCCGUCAAGGCUUGGGAGGAUUACGCUGCGCAAGAGAGACCCGCCCCGGACGAUGCUCGCGACCGCGAUCUUGACGAGCUGCUCAAGCCCGAUUCCGAGAGUGCUAUCAACUGGGAAGAGUUCGAAGGCGAAGAAGAGUCCGACGUUGACGUCCUCUACCAAUUCGAAGCCUACCUCCCCACCCCCCUGCGCACCUGGCUCGACGCCAAACUGCGCGACCUGCGCGUCCUCCUGAUCGAAAACGGCAUCCUCGCAGACCCGCACACCGACACGCCCGAAAGCAAAGCCGUCACGGACGCGCGCUCGCAGCUCAGCACCGCCACGCAGGAGCUCAACAACGACCGGUCCGAACUGACCAAGCACCAAGACGACCUGUCCAAAGACUACGGGCCCGACGGCGUGUUCCGCGCGCUGAAGGGCCAAUGCGUCGAAAAAGACAGCGGCGAGUACACAUACGAGCACUGCAUCCUCGAGCGCACGACGCAGAAGCCGAAGAAGGGCGGCGGGAACACGGGCAUGGGCAACUUCGUGCGCAUCGAGAAGAUCAGCGUGGACGACGAUCUGCCGGUGGACGGCAAGGGGCUGGGCUCCGGGGAGCGCUACGUGCUCAAGUACGAGAACGGCCAGCAUUGCUGGAAUGGGCCGAGUCGCAGCACCCAGGUUAUCCUGGCGUGCGCGGAGAAGGACGAGAUUUGGAAGAUUGUGGAGGAGGAGAAGUGCGUGUAUCGCAUGGAGAUGGGCACGCCGGCCGUGUGUGGGAUUAAAGAGGGGGAGCACGCGGCGCCGCCGGUGCACAACGAGCUGUAGAGAAAGGGUUUGCAGGUUGGAUACAUUGGGUAUGGGAUGAUGUUCCAAGCGGGAAGAAGGGGAGUAUGGCGUCGCCUUUUUGAAAGAGCGAAGAUGUAAAAAGUAGAAAUAGAUAUUCAUUCCAAUUUAGCGAGCGUUUGUAAGGCAGCUGGCUUACCUUGUGUCGUGAGGAAAGGAUAUGGCCAUUUUCUGGGAGAAUUAUUUACAAGUGGUGGAUGUCUGUAAAGAUACUCGUCGCUCCGAGCUCAGCUUCCCCC